ACCAGUUGACAAAUGAAAGACAGCAAACAAAUCCAUGUUGCAUAUUCUCAGUUGUUCUAGAUGCUACUAGACGCUUCUCCUUUCUCCUCCAACUCCCCCACAAAAAUUAGAAAACCCUUAGCUUUUUCUCUGCUGUGAAAUCAUAGAAGCAAAAAGGCAAAACACACAAGGAAUAACAAUGUUCGGAGUGGUAUUUCCCAACCGGAGCUUCCCAAUGGACAUCUCCAGCUUCGCCCAAAUAGAUACUUUCCAUUGGUUGCUCGACAUGAACACUUUCGUCGGCGAAUCCUACCAUCAAAUCGGUGAAAUGUGCAUCUUCCUUUUGAACAACUUCACGUUGCCCCCAGACAAGGCUUUGGCCGUCUACGUCCAGUCCCCUGGUUCCCCAUUCGUUUUCUGCGGCGCCGUCACUCUCCAGCGCCCCUCCGCCGUGCUUUCCCUCAUUUGGCCGGAGCCCGGAGGCCAGAUGCAGCUCACUGCUCCCGAUGCCGCGCCGCCUUCCGCAAAGAUCGGUGUGUCGGUGGAGGAUCUGGCCUCGUUGCCGUCCUUGGACGUGGCUGCUGAGAAGAAGAUCGAACGCCUGGCGUUGAAAGUUGGGGAGAACUUGUUCAAUUUUAUGCAGUCUUUCUGUGGGGUUGAUGGGUCUAAGCUGGUGGUGCCUAUGGACAUUUUGGAUAGAUGGUUUAAGAAAUUCCAGGAGAAAGCCAAGCGUGAUCCUGAAUACUUGAAGGGUUUCGCCUUGUAAUUUUUCACUAUCUUUCUUCCUCAAGUUUCUGUUGCUGAAUACUUUCUGUUACUAGUUGCUUUAUGGACUGGUUUCUUGAAGCAAAUCUAUCUAUGCUUUCUUUCAAACUAAGUGGUUAGUU